ACCAGUUGAGACACAUUAACUCAUAUUCUGCAUAGAAUUAAGAUCUGCCUCAGGAAAUUGCAACUUGAUCUGUUAUCAGAUUGAAGUCUGUACACCACCUUAUUUGACAGUCAGCUUUUGAACUAAUCAGACAUGGCUAUGACAGUCUCCAACUAUACAACAGAAGACUACUCAUCCUAUUAUGAAUUAGACAAUCUUGACCAGCACCAGAGCUGCAACAUCAUCAGUGUAAGGAAUUUCAGCAGAGUCUUCCUCCCUACACUCUACACCAUCGUCUUCAUUGUAGGGUUCAUGGGCAAUGGCCUGGUGUUGUGCGUCCUGAUCAAGUUCCACAACCGGGCCAAUGUGACAGAUGUCGGCCUCUUCAACCUGGCGCUUUCAGACCUCCUCUUCCUCAUCUCGUUACCUUUCUGGGCUCAUUAUGCUGCCACCAGUCAGUGGACCUUCGGGAGCUUCAUGUGCCGUGCAGUGACGGCGUUCUACAUGCUGGGAUUCUAUGGAAGCAUCUUCUUCAUGAUCCUCAUGACUGUAGACCGCUAUGCUGUCAUUGUCCAUGCUCAGACCUCCCUGUUCUCUAAGCACCGGUCUGUCAAAUCUGCCACUGUGAUUGCAGUUUUUAUGUGGGUGAUUAGCUUGGGAGCUUCUUUGCCCAACAUAAUUUUUUCCGAAGCAAAUAACGAAUCAGAUGUAUGGACAUGCAAACAGGAAUAUCCAGUUGGUACAGCAUGGCAGUCCGUUUCUUACAUUGAACUGAACAUCCUUGGCUUAAUUAUUCCUCUCUUAACAAUUGUGUUCUGCUACUCACGCAUCAUCCCCGUCUUAAUGGCCAUGAAGUCUCAGAAGAGACACAAAGCUGUCAGGCUCAUUCUGGUCUUGGUCAGUGUUUUCUUCCUCUUCUGGACACCUUACAACAUCGUCAUCUUCCUGAAGUUCCUGCAUCAUUUGGGUUACUUUCACAUUUGUAAGUGGUAUCAAGACCUGACCAUGGCUAUGCAGUGGGUGGAAACCAUAGCGUUCUGUCACUGCUGCCUCAACCCCAUCAUCUACGCCUUUGUUGGGGAGAAAUUCAGGAAGUUAGUAUUCAAGAUUCUAAAAGAAUGGUUUCCCGUUUGCUUUGGUCGCUGCACAACAAUUGUCAACGACUUCUCAGAGAGAAGGAGCUCUAUGCACUCACGUUCCUCUGAGAUCUCCACCACAAAGAUUUUGUAGCCACAGGAUGCUGUUGGCAGUGGUGUUCUUAUCAGAUUUAUCAGAGGAAAUCAAAAAUCUGCAGGGGCAAUUCGGUAAAGCACUGCAUAAUACUGAAA